AUGGAGAUACAAAACUACACGACUGUUGAGGAAUUUAUUCUGCUUGGAGUUACCAGCCUUCCAAAUAUUCAGAGGAUAUUGUUUGUAAUAUUUGUACCAUGUUACAUUAUAUCACUUAAAGGUAACAUAGUCAUCAUUAUAAUCAGUAGGAUAAGCUCCCGGCUUCACACCCCGAUGUAUUUCUUCUUGAGUCACUUGUCCUUUUUGGACAUCUGUCAUACAUCAGUCAUUGUUCCUGUAAUGCUCAUACAUUUCCUGUCAGUGAGAAAAAGCAUAUCUUUUAACGGUUGUGUCACUCAGAUGUUUAUUCAUCUCUCUCUAGGAGGGACUGAGUGCUACCUCUUGUUAUCAAUGGCCUAUGACCGGUAUGUAGCUAUAUGUGCCCCAUUACAUUACACUAAUAUUAUGCAUCCUGUCUUGUGUAUUAAGAUGGCAACUAGUUCGUGGAUGGGAGGCAUCAUAAAUUCACUUAUACACACAGUCUUUGCAAUGCAAUUGCCCUAUUGUGGUCCUAAUGUACUUAAUCACUUUUUCUGUGAGAUUCCUUCAGUGCUGGAGUUGGCCUGUGCAGAUACUUCUCUUAAUAAGACUGUUAUUUUCUUUUUUGCUAUAUUGGUAGUGAUGGGUCCAUUUUUUCUUAUCCUCAUUACAUAUGGUUACAUCAUCUCCAGCAUAUUGAAGAUAAGCACAUCUUCAGGACGGAAGAAGGCCUUCUCUACCUGUGCUUCACACAUUAUAGUUGUAUCACUAUUUUAUGGCACCAUCAUCUUCAUGUACAUGAGACCAGGAUCAACCCAUGUAGCCAACCAAGACAAAAUGGCCUCUUUAUUUUACAGUGUUGUAGCCCCGAUGUUGAAUCCUUUGAUAUACACUUUGAGAAACAAGGAUGUGACAAAGGCAUUUGUGGACAUCUUAAGAAAAAAUAAUGUGUCAGAGAAAAGAUAUGGACAUUGA